AUGGCUGAUACGAAGCGCCAAAGUAUGAACGCCAAAACUCAGCAAGCGACGGGCUCUGGUGCAGCCGCCCCGACGGACGAAGCAUUAAGCAAAGCGAUCGGUGCACGCAUUCGCGUCACAACAGCAGCUCCAAACACAUCCACCAUCGAAGGUACUCUUUUUACCGCCUGCCCUAUAACGAACCUCGUUGCCAUCAACACCUCCACUCAAACCUCGCCAAACCCUACCAGCCCGAACCAGUCUGGAGACUACCAUAUUAUACCCGCAUCUCGCAUUCAAUCCUUCCAAGUCAUUUCUCCCGCACCAAGUGUCGUCGACGGAGCUCCUGCGCUUCAAGCUCUAGAGACCCGUGCUCUGAAAGCGCGAGAGGCCAGCGCCAUAGCAAAGUUGCAAGAAGCUGAAGCUAGGCGCGGUAAGGGCGUGACACGGGAGGCACAGGAUAUCUUUGAUGCUUUUAGCCGCACCAUGCCUGCGCGAUGGGAUGGCACUAGCAUCGUUGUUGCGGACGCCGUUGUUAUCGCCAAACCUUAUCGGGUGGAUGAUUGCCGGGCUCUGGUUGCGAAUGAUUCUGCUGCACUGAGUCGUGUGCGCAAAGUGUUGGAAAUGGAACGUAAGAAGAUCGAACUCCGCAACGCAAGCGCCGCGAUCGGGAGCACCAAUCAAUUCGCUCGACAGAGUAGAGACCGAGUUGCAGUACCCAGUCGCUUUGAUAACUCGCCUGUUCCCACACCGAGGAAAGGUGGUUAG